GGUGGCCCCGGUUAAAGGGGAAACUUGACAGCGCCGACCCGUUCCCGCUGCCCGCUCCUGCUGCCGCUGCUCUCGGCUCCGCCGCGACUUCUGAUCUCCACCGCCGCCAAGAUGCUGCUUUUGCUGCUGGGGAUCAUCGUGCUCCAUGUCACUGUGCUGGUGCUCCUCUUCGUCUCCACCAUCGUCAGCCAAUGGCUGGUGAAUGGCAAUGGGCAUGCGGCAGACCUCUGGCAGAACUGCUCCAUGGAUGAUAACAACAUCAUGAGCUGCACCGCAUCGUCCUCCAGUGAAUGGCUGCAGUCUGUCCAAGCGAUGAUGAUCCUCUCGGUCAUCUUCAGCGUCUUGUCCCUGUUCUGGUUCUUCUGCCAGCUCUUCACACUCACCAAGGGAGGGCGGUUUUACAUCACUGCAUUCUUCCAAAUCCUUGCUGGACUCUGCGUGAUGAGCGGCGCCGCCAUCUUCACAGUGAGGCACACGGACUGGCACCAAGCCUCGGAAAACACCUCCUAUGGCUUUGCCUACAUCCUGGCAUGGCUGGCCUUCCCCUUGGCCCUCGCCAGCGGCAUCAUCUACGUCAUCCUCCGGAAGCGCGAGUGAGGCCGCGCGGAGGCAGCUCAGCGUCACCAGGGCACUGACGACGGCGUCCGAGGAGGAGAUGGAGGCGAGGGAAAAUAGACGAGAAAACAGAGAAGAAAAUUAACCAGAAACAAACAAACAAAGAAACAAACCAACAACAACCAAAAAAAUAACAAAAAAGAACCCCCCCCCCAAAAAGAGGAAUAAACCCAGAACCCAAACCCAGAACGACCUCCCCCUCCCCUUCCCUGCAAGAAAAGGAAACACUCAAAGGGUUAGCUGUUAAUUGAAGAUGUAUAUAGUAUCUAUGGUUUAAAAAAAACCUAUUUAUAACACUUUUUACAUAUAUGUACAUAGUACUGUUUGCUUCUGUUGACCCUACGCUAUGUUUUAAAGCCUAAAGCAAGUGCCUAAGGAACUAUUGCUCCUAACAAGCGUAACGAGAGCGCGGUGAUGAUUUUCUUUUCCUCUCAUGCAAAAAAACAAAUCCUCUUGGACCUGAACUCUCCUUCCCCGUCCCAGCCCGCAUGGAGCCGUCAGAAACGCCCAGUUCUGACUGGUUUCGGGCCGGUGUAAACGGGAGCGACGCCUGUUUACACCGGCUGAAGGGUUGGGCCUUGCUCCUGCCACAUGCUGUGACCUUUGGUAAUGGAAGUGCGCGUCCAGACCUGACGGGAGACACUUCCCAAAGGUUUGAAGGAUUUCGGAGCGGAGGCUUUUGAUUGCCCCUACUGCCUAAAUGACUUAAAGCUGCCUAAAUCCCACUGCCUUGCGCCACACCCGCUGGGAAUUUGGGCUUUUAAAUCACUUAGGUGGGAUUGCAGCCCAGCGUGGGCUGUUGUCCUUCCCCACCCCUUCACCCACACGGGCUGUGAUUCUCUGUGGGGCUGGCGGGGGGGGUGCGUGCCGAGCCGUGCCAUGCCGUGCCAUGCCGUGCCAAGCUGCUGGGGCAACGCGAAGUGUGUUUCCUCCUUGCCGUGGAGCUAAACUACAGCUGAGAAAGAAGCAGGCCCAAGUAUAGCUAUGAAAUCCAAUACCAGAUGUAUGAAAUGGUGCUAUCUAUUUACCAUUCCUUAUAGUGCUAAAGCCAUUUAACCUUCUUCACUGGAAAUCCACUUAACAGCCGCCAGGCAAACGACAAAAGCUAGAGGCGAGAAAUAACUCUGUGUAACAUAAAUGAGCUCCUAACUGCUUUUUGUACUUAGAUUUGCUCUUACUAUUAUUUUUAAUAAAGCAUUUAUAACUGAGGUCCUUUAUUCUCCCCUCCACUUUCCCCUCGCCCUGCCCCUUUUCUCCGUGCUCAAGAGGAGCAGAAAGAGCUCCAGGCGAGAAUCCCUCUGUGGUGUUUGCUGCCGGAGCGAGGUGUCUGUCCUCUGUCUGUGUGUCUGAUGUGUCUGGCCAUGAAUUAAAUGGGCACCUGCACAGUCCCCAGGCUGCCCUCUGAGGACUCCAGGCACUGUGUUGCUGUUGUUGUCUUUGUUUCACUUUGGGGCUCUGUUUUUGGUUUUUUUUGUUUUUUUUAGUUAUUUCCUUUUUUUCUUUCCUUUCUUUUUUUUUUUCCCCUGCUUUGCUUUUCUGGUUUUAUACCAACUGUGUGGACUAAGAAGCAAUGAAAUAAAAGUCAGAAUAACUCAA